CUGAUAUGUCUAUCUCUCUCUCUCUCACUACCUUAUAUAAUUUCCAGAGAGGAGGCACAUUCCAAAACUAUGACAUGUAUCAUGGUGGGACUAACUUUGAUAGAACCGCUGGUGGACCAUACAUUGCCACUUCAUACGAUUAUGAUGCUCCUCUUGAUGAAUAUGACAACAAAGCUCAACCAAAAUGGAGUCACCUCAAAGAACUCCACAGGAUUUUGAAAUCAAUGGAAGAGAGUCUUACAAAUGGGAACGUUUCUCAAAUUGAUUUUGGCAAGUGGCAACUCUGUCACGAUACCAAAAUACAUGAAAACAAAAUUACAAGUCUACAUUAUUUUUUCUCUCUAAUUGAAUUAGAGCAAUAAUGAAUAAUUACUUUUCAAAAAUAAUUAUUUCAGGCCACUGUGUAUGCCUCAAACAAAUCAUCAAGUUGCUUCUUGACCAAUGCCAACACUACCACCGAUGCUACUGUCUCAUUUAGAGGAAGAACCUAUGCAGUUCCAGCAUGAUCUGUUUAGCUUGGCUUGGCUUGGCAAAUAUACACGCCAAGAGAUUUUUUAUUCCAUAAGAUUUGAC